CAACAUGAUACCACUGUAACCAAUACAUUCACUCUUUCAAAUUUAAAGAAAAAGCAUAUUAGUCUUAAGUCUUAACCAAUUUAACUCCUCCCCUUUCUCUCUCUACUACUCAUCCAUUUUCCCGCCAAAUAAUACCUGUUACUCAAAUUGUAAACGGAAAGAUGUCUUUGAGACCAAAUGCAAGGACGGAAAGUCGUCGGAAUCGAUACAAAGUCGCUGUUGAUGCAGAUAAAGGUCGCCGACGCAGAGAGGAUAAUAUGGUGCAGAUCCGUAAAAGUAAGAGAGAAGAAAGCUUGCAUAAGAAGCGUCGUGAAGGUCUUAAAGAUCAAGAUCACCAGUUUCCUACUCUUCAUACAUCUACUGCUAGAAAGAAGCUGGAGUCACUGCCUGAUAUGGUAGCCGAGGUUUUUUCUGCUAACAAUCAAAUGCAGUUAGAGGCUACUAAACAGAUUCUAGAAUUGUUUUUAAUAGCAAAAAGCCCCCUCAUUGAAGAAGUUAUACAAGCUGGACUUGUUCCUCGCUUUGUGGAAUUUCUUCAGAGGGAAGAUUUUCCACAGCUACAGUUUGAGGCUGCUUGGGCUCUCACAAACAUUGCAUCAGGAACCCCAGAGAACACAAAGGCUGUAAUUGAUCAUGGGGCUGUUCCAAUUUUUGUGAAGCUUCUUGCUUCUCCUAGGGCUGAUGUUCGGGAGCAGGCAGUGUGGGCAUUGGGUAAUAUUGCUGGUGAAUCUCCUAAAUGCCGAGAUCUAGUUCUUAGUAGUGGUGCGAUGAUUCCAUUGCUUGCUCAGUUAAAUGAAGACUCCAAGCUUUCCAUGCUUAGAAUUGCUACAUGGACUUUGUCUAACUUUUGUAGAGGGACUCCACAACCUCCCCUUGACCAGGUAAGGCUAGCUCUUUCUGCCCUUGAACAUCUCAUUCAUUCAAAUGAUGAGGAAAUGUUAACAGAUGCAUGCUGGGCACUUUCUUACUUGUCUCAUGGACCAAAUGACAAGAUUCAAGCUGUGAUCGAGGCAGGGGUGUGUCAACGAUUGGUUGAACUCCUUAUGCACCCAGCUUCGUCUGUUAUGUUACCCGCUCUUCGUACUGUUGGCAAUAUUGUUACCGGAGAUGAUGCCCAAACACAGUUUAUUGUUAGUAGUGGUGCUUUACCAUGUCUUUUGAACUUGUUGACUCGCAAUCAUAAAAACGACAUUAAAAGAGAAGCAUGUUGGUCGAUAUCAAACAUUACAGCUGGAAACAACGCACAGAUCCAAGCUGUUAUCGAAGCUGGUUUUGUUGGUCCUAUUGUCAAUUUGCUUGAAACUGCAGAAUUUAACAUAAAGAAAGAAGCUGCUUGGGCGAUAUAUAAUGCUAUAUCUGGUGGAUCUCCUGAACAAAUAAAGUACCUUGUGAGUCAGAACUGCAUAAAACCAUUAUGUGAUCUGCUUGUGUGCCAAGAUCCGAAAAUUAUCACUGUCUGUCUGCAAGGGUUGGAAUACAUUCUCCAAGUGGGCGAAGCAGAGAAGAAUUCGGGUGCAUUUGGAGAUGUUAAUUUCUAUGCCCAGUUGAUUGAUGAAGCCGAAGGUUUGGAGAAAAUCGAGAAUCUACAAUUUCAUGGUAACAAUCAGAUUUAUGCGAUAGCAGUAAAAAUUCUCGAGACAUAUUGGUUGGAGGAAGUGGAAGAAGUUGCACCACCAUCUGCUGAAAGUUCUCAGGCUGGUUUCCAGAUGUGGAGCCAUGAGGGUCAAUUUAAGUUUGGUGGCUUGAAACGGAAUAAUAAAACAGAGAAUUAGGGUUUUGAAUACCUUUUUGUAUUGAUUAUGAACAAUGGCUAAGCCAGAAUAUAUACAGAAGCUAGGAGACUAAGAAUGGUAACAAAAUAAAUGACAAAUAAAUACAGAAUAAAGAAUAUCUCUAAAUAUGUUAACUUUCCUACACUUCCCCUCAAGUUAGGUCUUCGGGUCACCGAUACCUAACUUGCAUAGUGUCUGUUCGAACACCUCAGAACUAACAGCCUUUGUAAGAAUAUCAGCAAGUUGGUCCUUUGAUCUGACAAAAGGAAGGCUGAUAAUGUUAUUCUCCAAUUUCUCCUUAAUAAAAUGUCUGUCAA